AUGCCGGAAUGGAUUUUUGCAUCAUUGCGCAACGACUUGCAUCUCGCGUUCCUCGACAAGACAAGGACAGCCAAGCGUAGUAAUUACCGGCUUUUCCAGGUGAGCUAUGCCCAAGCCCAUCUUAUGGGGUUAAAGAUUAAACGCAUGGAAUCUACCCUCGAAUCUAGCCGUUUUCAAGCUGAGGAGAGGCCCGUGGACAACGAUAGACACCUAAGAGAGGAUCAAGUUCACCAUGUCGCUAAUACGAAGCGCGUGUCUUGGAAAUACCUUCCCACUGGACUUGGGAUGGCGAAGAGCUGA